AUGGAGAGGAGUUCAGAAGUGACCUGUUUCUCCAUCAAUCUGUUUUCUGUGAAUGAGGACCAGGUACAGGGAGAGAUACAGGUGGCCAAACAGAGGCAACACCAAGGCCUUUCUCUACAGUUGAGCUCAGGCCUGGAGGAGACAGAGCUCACUAUUCAGAAUGGUAAAUAUGCAUGCAAGAAACUAGAACAAGCUAAUAUGUCAAAUUACAGAUUUUUUAUUUGUAUACCUCAUACUAGCUCUUUCCAUAAGAGGACAAUCAAUAAGACAUAUUGAACAUAAGUAAAUCAUGAUAGUCUCUUUAUUUAUGAGUAAAAUUACCAAUUACCUUCUUUUUCUAAAGACAAACGUAGACAUUGUAUUGUCCUCUCUCUGGUCUAUGAGAAGUCCAUGUAUGUGUACAAGAGUUUCCCAUAUGGCAAUUUUACUUCUUUCUGUGUGGUCGCUGGACCUGCUGUGUUGACAGGUCUGGAAGAUUUACUUCGCCGUUGUGUGCAACCUGUGUAUGUGUGUGUGUCCGACUCUAUAGCUAUGGAGUUCUGCUGGACAGUAUGGACCCAGACAGUGUUUUCUAUACGGUACAGAGGUCCUAGCCACCAUAGCUCUCUGCCUCCUGGUGCACAGAAUCAGAUAGUGCCACUAAACAUUAGUAGCCUUUUGUCACAGUCCACUGCCAGAGUGUGCUGAAGGUAUUCCUGGGAUAAAGGCUGACAUUGUUAUUUAUGGUUCUUUUACUGAUACAUUUACAAAAGGCCCAGUACAAAUGAAACUGACUCAGGGCAAAUAACACAUAGGAACAGACCUCUGGACAAUGGAUGAGACAGAACACUGUGAUUGUAUCUUUUAUCUUAUAUUUGAAUUAACUGUCUGUUGUGGAUUUUUUCCUGUACAGGUGAUGGGGUCUGUGUUUUCAAAUUCACAGUCACCAGGGAAACAGACUAUUGUCAGGUGGGCACCCAGUCUUUCCUCAUAACCGUUGGCUGCCUGAGCGUUCUCCUGCCGUUCAGAACACACAGUAGAAGGGAAGAUAACCGUUCAGACAGCUGAGAAGGGAAGAUAACCCAGCAGCCAGACUGUCUGAGCAGUCUGUGUUUGACCAGAGAACAGAGGACCCCUCUGCCCUGCAGUACUUCCAGGUAGCUUUACUGUACCAAUCAACCAGGCCCUCAGAGAGACAUACUGGUUGUGUACUAGGUUGUGACUGAACUCGUUCCUCCUUUACAACGUAGUUUUACGGCUGUCUAUCACAACAACAGAAUAUGUUGCAGGAUUAUUUGAGGACAGCCACAUGUCAAAAGGCCAUUCUGCUAAACGAGACUGACUUCAAGGACAAGGUAAGAGUAACCAGAACAACAGAACCUGAUCGUCUGUUACUGCAUGUAGAUGUAAUGUCUGGCUCCUUCCUGUAUCCAGGUAGUACUUGAUGUUGGCAGUGGAUCAGGGAUCCUGUCUUUCUUCGCCAUCCAUGCUGGAGCAAAGAGGGUGUAUGCUGUGGAGGUCAGCCCUAAAGGUGUCUGUUUUACUGCCUGCUCUGGCAGCAUCUGAUUUUGUUCCUAUCAACCUUCCAGGAAAUGUUAAAGGAAAUUAUAAAUUAGCAUCCUUUUGCACUUUAACAUGCACUAUUGGGCAUUUUCAAUCUAUAGCACCAGAAUUGUUAAUAAUUGCUCAAAGGUGUAUUGUAUGAUGAAUAGGUGGUAACUUCAAUAACGUAAUUGGUCUGUUGAGAUAAUUGAACGCUCUUUGCUGUUUUGAAAUCUGAUUUAUGUUUUUGCUGUUUUAGCAGCUUUAACCACUUACGCCUAGAAAGAGAAGGAAAAUCUUACGGCUUUGAUCAGUGAAUAAAGUCAUUUGUAUUGCUUGGCCCAAUAAGUCCCGGGUAAAGAUGAUGAAUCACUUAUCACAGUCUUAUCACCUGUGUCAUCAACGCAUCUUGCUCAAACCUCAUGGUGUCUACAUGGAGCCAAGAACAAACCCUUGAUAAAAAUCGCACAGCCCUGGAAAUGCUAUCUCAGAGAGUCACACCUCCAGAACAGAACAGCCCCUAUAAACGGACCUCCUGCUUCGCGCACAGAGCAUGAAAUUCUGAGGGUGUAAUGACUUCAGGCUGCUCUUGGCCCAGAAACCAGCUUGGUGGUGAAGGAAACAUAUUUUCAUGGAUGGAUGGCCUCUAGAUUAGCAGUCAGGCAUAGUUCACUCUGUUCUAUUUCUACUGCUUUACUUGUGUUCAUUUCUAGACUGCAACCAAAUGUGUCCCUUCCACAGGAGGUUGGUGGCACCUUAAUUGGGGAGAACAGGCUCGCGGUAAUGACUGGAGCGGAAUCAGUGGAAUGGUAACAAUACAUCAAACACAUGGUUUCCAGGUGUUUGAUGCCAUUCCAUUUGCGCUGUUCUGGACAUUAUCAUGAGCCGUUCUCCCCUCAGCAGCCUCCUGUGGUCCCUUCAUAUUUAUUUUCUUCCACAUUGCAGCUUAUCGGCCAAUAGCAGAACCCUAUACUCAGUUGACAAACGCUACACAAAAUAAUUGCGGACCUCCAUAAUGUAUUCCUGUUGGGGUGGUUGCAUGGUCUCUCUGAGCAGGCUGAAUCCCUAUCAUACUGUAGGCCUAAGCUGUGGUCUAUAUAAAUAGUGUGAGCCUGGGACCACCCCUGUGGAUGCUUGGCCAGCGUCAGUAUGCAUGUGCAUGGGACACAGCCUCACAGGAACACUUAACAUGCCAAGGUCUGGAAAAACAGGAAGGAUGCUCUGCCACGCUCUGGGAUGAUGAACUACACCGAGAGCACUAACAAAUGAUUUAGGAUUGUGGUCCUCUGUAGCUCAGCUGGUAGAGCACGGCACUUGUAACGCCAAGGUAGUGGGUUCGAUCCCCGGGACCACCCAUACACAAAAAAAUGUAUGCACGCAUGACUGUAAGUCGCUUUGGAUAAAAGCGUCUGCUAAAUGGCAUAUUAUUAUUAUUAUACCAGGAGCGCAACUUUGGUUUUAGAAGUGGGGGGGACAUCAUUAUUAUUAUUUAUAUUUUUUUGUCAGAUAAACACUCCAAACAGCCUACCUGACCGCUCGGAAAGUUGCGCCCCUAAUUUAUACACUAGAUGACUGAAAGCGGUCUCUGUUUUGGCACUCUCCCACCAUUGUAAGAAAUAUUUUGGAAUAUAGAAAUGCAUUUAUUAAUGUCUACAUUUGUUUUUGCCACAUUUAUUAUAUUACACAUACCUUAAUGCAUACUUUUAAAUGAUAUAUUACUUAAAUACAUGUCAUUCUGUCCUUUGUCCUCAUUCCUAUGGAGGGCUGCUCCUUCUGAGGAGUGCCAAUAUGGCCGCAAGGUGGCUUCAAAGCCUCUCAUUGGCCAAUACAUAGCAUCAGCAAUACAGGGUUUAUAUUUACAUUUACAUUUAUGUCGUUUAGCAGACGCUCUUAUCCAGAGCGACUUACAAAUUGGUGCAUUCACCUUAUAGCCAGUGGGAUAACCACUAUACAAUUUUUUUUAUUUUUUUAUUCUAAUUUUUAAAUUCUUAAUUUUUAGAGUAUAUUUAUAAUUUUCAUUUGUUUUAUAUAUAUUUUUAUUUAUUUAUAUAUUUUUUGUUGUUGUAUUUUUCAAUCAUUUAUUAUUUAUCUUGUCAUAUUUUUUUUUUUUUUGUGGGGGUGGUAUAGGGGGGGGGGGGGGGGGGGGGGGGGUAGAAGGAUUACUUUUAUACUAUUCCAGGUAUUCCUUAAAGAGGUAGGGUUUCAAGUGUCUCCGGAAGGUGGUCAGUGACUCCGCUGUCCUGGCGUCGUGAGGGAGCUUGUUCCACCAUUGGGGUGCAUUUAUAUAUAUAUACAGUGGGGGGAAAAAGUAUUUAGUCAGCCACCAUUUGUGCAAGUUCUCCCACUUAAAAAGAUGAGAGAGGCCUGUAAUUUUCAUCAUAGGUACACGUCAACUAUGACAGACAAAUUGAGGGGAAAAAAUCCAGAAAAUCACAUUGUAGGAUUUUUUAUGAAUUUAUUUGCAAAUUAUGGUGGAAAAUAAGUAUUUGGUCACCUGCAAACAAGCAAGAUUUCUGGCUCUCACAGACCUGUAACUUAUUCUUUAAGAGGCUCCUCUGUCCUCCACUCGUUACCUGUAUUAAUGGCACCUGUUUGAACUUGUUAUCAGUAUAAAAGACACCUGUCCACAACCUCAAACAGUCACACUCCAAACUCCACUAUGGCCAAGACCAAAGAGCUGUCAAAGGACACCAGAAACAAAAUUAUAGACCUGCACCAGGCUGGGAAGACUGAAUCUGCAAUAGGUAAGCAGCUUGGUUUGAAGAAAUCAACUGUGGGAGCAAUUAUUAGGAAAUGGAAGACAUACAAGACCACUGAUAAUCUCCCUCGAUCUGGGGCUCCACGCAAGAUCUCACCCCGUGGGGUCAAAAUGAUCACAAGAACGGUGAGCAAAAAUCCCAGAACCACACGGGGGGACCUAGUGAAUGACCUGCAGAGAGCUGGGACCAAAGUAACAAAGCCUACCAUCAGUAACACACUACGCCGCCAGGGACUCAAAUCCUGCAGUGCCAGACGUGUCCCCCUGCUUAAGCCAGUACAUGUCCAGGCCCGUCUGAAGUUUGCUAGAGUGCAUUUGGAUGAUCCAGAAGAGGAUUGGGAUAAUGUCAUAUGGUCAGAUGAAACCAAAAUAUAACUUUUUGGUAAAAACUCAACUCGUCGUGUUUGGAGGACAAAGAAUGCUGAGUUGCAUCCAAAGAACACCAUACCUACUGUGAAGCAUGGGGGUGGAAACAUCAUGCUUUGGGGCUGUUUUUCUGCAAAGGGACCAGGACGACUGAUCCGUGUAAAGGAAAGAAUGAAUGGGGCCAUGUAUCGUGAGAUUUUGAGUGAAAACCUCCUUCCAUCAGCAAGGGCAUUGAAGAUGAAACGUGGCUGGGUCUUUCAGCAUGACAAUGAUCCCAAACACACCGCCCGGGCAAUGAAGGAGUGGCUUCGUAAGAAGCAUUUCAAGGUCCUGGAGUGGCCUAGCCAGUCUCCAGAUCUCAACCCCAUAGAAAAUCUUUGGAGGGAGUUGAAAGUCCGUGUUGCCCAGCGACAGCCCCAAAACAUCACUGCUCUAGAGGAGAUCUGCAUGGAGGAAUGGGCCAAAAUACCAGCAACAGUGUGUGAAAACCUUGUGGGAGAACUUGCACAAUUGGUGGCUGACAAAAUACUUUUUUCCCCACUGUAUCAUUGGAACCAACCAGUGUGGACAACGCCCUAUUGAAACACUCCCAGUCAGAGGAUAUUGCCUGGCCAGCUUUACCUGGUUUGUGUAUAAUACACCCUACGCUUGUGUCUCUUACUAAUCUAAAGACCCAGCAGACUAAGUCUGUCCCUCUCACUCAGUGUGUGUGGAGAAGCUGCCCACCAGCUCUCGCAUCAUUAAAGCAACUCACUGUUUACACAGCAGGCAAGUGUACUGUACCAGAGCACUUCGAGGGAGAGUUUGCAUGCAUGAGGGUUUACCAAAACACAAUUUGUCAACAGCGGAUUAUUUCUCUCUAAUUUUAGCCAGCAGAUGAAUGUCUUUAUCAAAGCCUCAGGAGUGCAGUGGAUCAUCAGUAACAAGGAAAUCCAUCUGAUGCAAACAACAGAAACCUUCGUUUAAUUUUUUGACAAUAUGUUUUCUGUUUCCCCUUCAGAUGCUGGUCAAGAGCAAUGGUCUGUCAGAUAGGAUCAUAGUCCUGGCUGUGAAGAUUGAGGAGCUGUUGUGCCCUGAGCAGGUGCCCAUUGGAUACAUGCUGCUGAACGAGAGGAUGCUGGAGAGCUACAGUGGCUUGCGAAAGUAUUCACCCCCCUUGGCAUUUUUCCUAUUUUGUUGUCUUACAACCUGGAAUAAAAAUGUAUUUUGGGGGGGGUUGUAUCAUUUGAUUUACACAACAUGCCUACUACUUUGAAGAUGCAAAAUAUUUUUUAUUGUGAAACAAACAAGAAAUAAGACAAAAAAACAGAAAACUUGAGCGUGCAUAACUAAAUUACAGGUUGUAAUGCAACAAAAUAGGAAAAACGCCAAGGGGGAUGAAUACUUUUGCAAGGCACUGUACCUUCACUCCAGGAAGUGGCUCAAACCAAGGGUCAGUUCAGUCAGAGAGGAAGCGGUAUACUCCACCCAAAACCUGUCCACGAAAAUAUGCCCACGAAGUGAGGGAUUUUUCUAUGGAGGUCAAUGAGAGUGUUGAAUUUGGUCAACCAAAAAUGUAAUUGCUAAUUUGCUACGUGGGGCUUAUACGAUCGAAUAGAAGAUGCGUAAUGCUUAGGUUUUUACGAAUGCCCUGAUAUAAGUGGACUCACGUGGCAUUGCAGCAACUUUGAAAAAAAGACUUUAUAUCGGAGUUGUGCCUGUUGUCAUAGAGAUAGAGGACUCAUCCUGGAUAUAACCCAUUUUAGAAUAGACAUUGCCAGUGAGGGCUUCCACCAUACAGAUAUAAAGAUGAGUCAUCCAUCUCUAUGGCCCGUUGUGCACAUGCGUAUCUGCCCUCUCAUUGGCUAGAAUAGUCCCACCUAAUUUCGCCUCCUCCCACCUGCCUUCCAUCUUUGAGAACAUGUAUUUCCAUUUUUAGAGUGGUCCCUCGACUAUCUUGUCAAUAGAAUAGACAAUAUUUGGUUCAGUUCCAACAUGGAAAGAGAGAUGCCAUUUUCCAUGCUGCCAUCAACCUGUGAAUAGUUUUGUCAACGUCUGUAUCAAGAGGGCAUUAUACGAACAUCUAUGGUUUUGUUUUGCUAAUGUAAUGUCUCUCUUCUUCUCUUUGCUUGUUCAGGUAUGUUACCAACCUAUAGUGGCAUGCACCUGGCUCCCUUCACAGACGAGCAGCUCUCCAUCGAGCAUCAUGGACACUCCAGCUUCUGGUGAGAGAAAAAAACACAUUUCAGAAAUAUAGCAUAUGAACACAUCAUAAACCAUGGCAAAAAAAAUAGAACCACAGGAAAUGAGCUCCAAAACGAUUUUUUUUUUUUUAUCUCAGCCUCAUGGCACAAUGUGUAGAAUAGCAGGAAAUUAGCUUUAAAGAUGCACAUUUCUCUAAGCCUCAUGGCAAAAUGUGUAGAAUAGCAUGAGAUUAGCUAUAAUAUUGCAAAUGUCUCUCUCUGCCCCAUGGCAAAAUGUGUAGAACUGUAGGGAGUUAGAUGUUUUCCCCGAAACUGCGAUAUGCCACUGCUACAGGUCCUACUGCUACUGGACUGUGAACCCAGCCUAGUGGGUUUCCUGUCAAUGUAAAAUCACAGGGAGUAUUUUCUCUCUGCAGGAUGACAGUGUGACUGUCCACUGCUCCUAGUGAACCUCUGACUCACUGGUACCAGGUCCACUGUCACUUCCAGACGCCUCUGUUUGGCAAGGGACAGACUCUGUCCGGAACUGUCCAGUUCAUAGCCAACACGAGGUAAGCCGGAGAAGAAGGACAGUGCCUGUACUAUAGAAAUGGAAUGGGGGAAAUUGAAACAAUAUUAUACAGAGAUUAUAAUGUUUGCUAUUCACUUCUACCAGGCAGAGCUACGACAUUCACAUCACAGCAGUCGUUGAUCAGUCAGGCUUCAAAUCUGGCAACAGUUUAGAGCUAAAGAAUCCUGCUGUUUGGGUCCAC